UUUGGCAACGUUCACACUCACUCGGACUUGAAGAACGUCGUCUGUGUUCUGCCUCGUGUGAGAAAACUGGAAAAGACUAUCUCUGUGUGUUGCUUCAGUUAAUGGAUUUUUUUCCUCAACAAGAAACAAAUUGUGUCUGUAUACAUGAGUUGCGUGCGAGUAAAGCAAUAACUUAGACUCCAAUCUUCAGCGCUAGAUGGCGGACGGAUGUUUUUAAAUUGUGGAUGGAUGUUUUGACGUUUUACAACUUCAAUUUACGCCAUAAUACGGUAUAUUACGAAGUAAUACGGCCAUACGUUUUAUUUUGUUCCAAUUAAUUUGUAUUUCUAUUUAUGAACGGUUUUCGGUAGGGACUUGUAAGAUUCAGUGUUGACAAUAAUGGCUGCCAGUGUUUCUUCAAGACAAAAACGCAGACGCAUUCAGCAAAUAUUGGUUAACGGAAGUGCGUUUUACCAGGAAGAUGCCGAGCAAUAUUCCUCUGCUAACCAAAGUGUGACUGGUGCCAGUGAAUCAAACAGUGAUCAAAGUGAUAUAUUACAUAACAACUCAUUACAAGAUUAUUGCAUUGCAGAAGUUGUCGACAGUGACAUGAAUCAUAGUGAUACAGAACCUGACAGUGACAGCGAUGAUGAAAUUUAUGUAGACUGUGAAGAAGAAACUGAAACGUGUUAUGAAGUGGAGGAAGAUGACACAUUUUUCGACUGUGAGGAACACAAUAUUAACACAUGUGAGUUUCGUGAAAGUCUUGCCUCUUGGGCUGUUCAGUGCCAGAUUCCGCAAUCGCAUGUAGACAAAUUACUUGUGCUCCUGAAAUCAUUCUCAGACUUUGACACAUCCAACCUUCCUAAAAGUUGUCGAACACUUCUGAAAACUAUUCGUCGCACUGCAACAAAAGUAGUUGGCCCAGGACACUACUAUCACUGUGGUGUUGAAAAAGGAAUCCUGUCAACUCUUCAAAGAAUGCAAGUGAAACGCAUUCCUUCUAAACGUAUCAAAUUGCUGAUAAAUGUUGACGGUGUGCCCAUAGCUAAAAGUUCCGGUAGCCAAUUUUGGCCGAUUCUGGGUAGACUUAGUGGCUUUCCACAUUCCAAACCUUUCUUGAUAGGUAUCUAUCAUGGGCCUUCCAAAGCCAUCUGA